UGCAUUUGGGUGCCGCUGCUCCUCCAUUCACAUCCGCUCGCCUCGCUAUCAGCGCUGGAAAAAGGACUUUGAGAAACUGCGGCGAUGUCAGUCCAGGUUGUGGCAGCGAAAAUGGCAGAGGUCGAACUCAAAGACGUCUCCGCCGGCAAAGCCGCCCUGCCGGCUGAGUCCCCGGUGACGCCGACCUCGGAGGACAAGACCCUGGCCAGAAACGAGCCGCAGAAGGAGGCCGGUUCCUCCGCCUCAGCCGCUACGUCUCCCACCGCGGAGCCCUCCGCGAAAGCCGGGGAAGGCAGCCGGGGCUUGCUCACCCCGAGCGCCGCCAAGAUGCCACAGGCGUCCGCUAUGAAGCACACGGACCCACAGCAGAACGGCGGGGAAGCGUUCGUGAACCGUGACGGGACGGUCGCCGAGGCUCCGCGGAUGAAAAAGAUCCAGUUUGCAGACCAGAAACAGGAGUUCAACAAGCGCCCCUCUAAGAUCGGCAGACGCUCUCUGUCCCGGUCCAUCUCCCAGUCCUCCACAGACAGCUACAGCUCAGCGGCGUCCUACACGGACAGCUCCGACGACGAGACCUCUCCCCGGGACAAACAGCAGAAGAACUCCAAAGGCAACGGAGACUUCUGCAUCAAAAACAUCAAGCAGGCCGACUUUGGGCGCCGGGAGAUCGAGAUCGCCGAGCAAGAGAUGCCAGCGCUGAUGGCUCUGAGGAAGCGAGCUCAGGGGGAGAAACCCCUCGCUGGUGCCAAGGUGGUGGGCUGCACGCACAUUACCGCCCAGACUGCCGUGCUGAUGGAGACCCUGUCGGCUCUGGGGGCCCAGUGCCGGUGGGCCGCCUGCAACAUCUACUCCACUCAGAACGAAGUGGCAGCCGCUCUGGCAGAAGGAGGUGUGAACAGUUUCAGUGUGUUCGCCUGGAAGGGUGAGUCAGAGGACGACUUCUGGUGGUGCAUCGAUCGCUGCGUCAACGUGGAAGGCUGGCAGCCUAACAUGAUCCUGGAUGACGGGGGAGACCUGACGCACUGGAUUUAUAAAAAAUAUCCCAACAUGUUCAAGAAGAUCAAGGGCAUCGUAGAGGAGAGUGUUACCGGUGUGCACAGGUUGUACCAACUGUCCAAGGCAGGGAAGCUGUGUGUUCCCGCCAUGAACGUCAACGACUCUGUUACCAAACAAAAGUUUGACAACCUCUACUGCUGCAGAGAAUCCAUCUUAGAUGGCUUGAAGAGGACCACUGAUGUGAUGUUUGGUGGCAAACAGGUGGUGGUGUGUGGAUACGGAGAGGUUGGUAAGGGCUGCUGCGCCGCCCUCAAAGCAAUGGGCUCCAUCGUCUACGUCACAGAGAUCGACCCCAUCUGUGCCUUGCAGGCCUGCAUGGAUGGCUUCAGGCUGGUGAAACUCAACGAAGUCAUCAGACAAGUGGACAUCGUCAUCACCUGCACAGGCAAUAAGAACGUUGUGAUGAGAGAGCACCUCGACCGUAUGAAGAACGGCUGCAUUGUCUGCAACAUGGGGCACUCCAACACCGAGAUUGACGUGGCCAGCCUGCGGACCCCUGAACUAACCUGGGAGAGGGUGCGCUCCCAGGUGGACCAUGUCAUCUGGCCCGAUGGCAAGAGGAUAGUCCUGCUGGCAGAGGGCCGUCUGCUGAACCUCAGCUGCUCCACUGUGCCCACGUUUGUGCUCUCCAUCACUGCCACAACCCAGGCUCUGGCCCUCAUCGAGCUCUACAACGCCCCAGAGGGGCGAUACAAGCAGGAUGUUUAUCUGCUGCCCAAGAAAAUGGAUGAGUACGUGGCCAGCCUACACCUCCCAACGUUUGAUGCUCAUCUCACAGAGCUGUCUGACGAGCAGGCCAAGUACCUGGGCUUGAACAAGAACGGGCCCUUUAAGCCCAACUACUACAGGUAUUAAACCGUUGAAUGAGGAAAUAUCAGUACUCCAUGAAUCGCACAGACUCACACAGGGAGGAGAGGAGGACGGAGGGAAAGAAGGAUGGACACCAGAGUCAAACCACCUGCUCUACAUCUGGAGCGAAGGAGAGGCCCUAACUUUUCCUGCCGUCAUGGCACGUGUUUAUUUUAGUCCCCUCUGACCACAGUAAUAAUCUUAUUAAUACAAAAUAACUACUACUGCUCUCUGGAGCUACUCUUGCCUCUAACUCCUCCCUUGAACAAGAGUUGUUUUACUUUAUUCCCACUCAUGUCUCCAUCUCUCACUUUAGAUGCUCAUUUGUGCAUCCAGUUGUACGUUAAUCCUCCCUCCACGCUGCCAGAUUUUUGAUUCUUUAUCCGUAGAAGAUGAAACACAGACUGUGUAAGGAGAACUUUGAUUUUUUUUUUUUUUCUUUUUUUUAAAUAAGUGUGCAAAUGAAGAUUUAGGCACGGACAAUUUCUCCCUUUUUUUUCUUUUUCUUCUCAUCUUUCUUUUUCUACCUUUUUUUGAUUUCGUUUUGUAAGUUUUUCAAAAAGGGCGGGUCGUAGAUCUUGUGGGCGGGUCUCAGGGUGUAAUCAUAUCUUGUAUUUUAACGCUUUUCUUCUUUGUUUUUCUUCGUAUAAACAUGACUGGAUGUUGGCUUGUUCUUCUCACCCGUCCCUUGAACCCACAGUACAACCAUCUCAAUGGCUGCUCUUUAGUCUCCAGCUGCUCAAACACCAGUGUUGAAGUCACAAAAAAAAAAGUAUUUAACCAUUUUAUUUUAUUUUACUUUAUUUCCCCUCUAUACUGUAUUAGAAGCAUGGCAGAUUGUCAAAUCAUUACAAAGGUAUACUGUAUAUUUAGAUAUUUAUAUAGAAUUGAAGAUUUUUCUAUCUUUCCAUCUAAUAAUAUCUUUCGUUUUGACCAACUCGUCAUGUCGCACAGAAAAGCAAUUAAAUGUAAUCUUCUGUAAUAAAUGUACUCAAACCCUCAUUCUGAAUACUGUGACGGAGUAUGACAUAGCAUGAAGCAAUUUAGUGCAGGCACUCAAUGAGAAGUAUGGUGCUUUUUUACAUUGGACUUGCCAUGCCCAAAAACCAGACAGGUUAACGGUACUGAAAGGUGUAAAUUACUCGGCUUGAAAGUCAACUUUCUGACUCGUGAGUGUGUUUGGCUUUGUCACCGAAGCACAUUCAUCUUCCCGUUUGUAAGGUCGGACUUUGCGAUGACUUUCCAUCCGCUGUCGAAGGAUUUUCUUUUCUUUCUUUGUUUUUGUCGUAUAACAAGCUGCAGCCGCUUUUUACAUCUCAUCUGCACACUCCUCCAGCUGUGAACCCAAACCAAUGUCACAACGCUUUAAAAAAAAAAAAA